AAAUCAUCAUCGCUCACACAAAAGCAACACAAAAUCAAAACAAUUUAUAAGAAAACUGAAAUGGGCAAGGACAUUGAGGUGGGAGCUGAACACGGCGGCGGAAAGGACUACCAUGAUCCUCCACCGGCGCCGCUGAUCGACGCGGAGGAGCUCGGAAAAUGGUCCUUUUACAGAGCCAUCAUCGCCGAAUUCGUCGCAACCCUCUUGUUCCUCUACGUCACCGUCCUCACCGUCAUCGGCUACAAGAGCCAGAGCGCCGCCGACCAGUGCGGCGGCGUCGGGAUCCUCGGCAUCGCCUGGGCCUUCGGCGGCAUGAUCUUCAUCCUCGUUUACUGCACCGCCGGCAUUUCCGGUGGUCACAUUAACCCGGCGGUGACAUUUGGGCUAUUGCUGGCCCGGAAGGUGUCGUUGGUUCGGGCGGUGUUGUACAUGGUGGCGCAAUGCUUAGGUGCGGUGUGUGGGUGUGGGCUGGUGAAGGCGUUCCAGAAGGCCUACUACGUGAGAUAUGGUGGCGGUGCUAAUGAGCUGGCCGAUGGGUACAGCACGGGCACCGGGGUCGCGGCUGAGAUCAUUGGAACAUUUGUUCUCGUCUACACCGUCUUCGCCGCCACUGAUCCUAAGAGGAAUGCUAGGGACUCCCAUGUUCCGGUUUUGGCGCCACUUCCUAUUGGAUUUGCGGUGUUUAUGGUUCACUUAGCGACCAUCCCAAUCACGGGUACGGGCAUCAACCCGGCCCGUAGUUUCGGAGCCGCUGUCAUCUAUGGCAAAGACAAAGCUUGGGAUGAUCAAUGGAUAUUCUGGGUUGGGCCCUUCGUGGGAGCAGCCAUAGCUGCAAUCUACCAUCAGUUCGUUCUUCGGGCCGGAUCUUCAAAAUCUUUUGGAUCAUUCAAGAGUUCUUAUUAAAAAUAACUUUUGUGGGACUUCGAAUAAGGAUUUAUAAUUCAAGAUCGAUUGGAGCAAUUGUAAAUUAUUAGUGUGAUAUCGUCAAACGGGCCGUGGUUUUAAUGGCCCGAAUGAUGAUUUUUUUCUCUACUGUUUUCUUUUUCGUUCUAUUUCGGGCCUUCUCCUUUUGAUUCUUGAUUUCGCUGCCUGGAGCAUCCAAGUGUGACGUUGUUGUAAGUGCACUACCCUCAAUUUAAUGUUUAAAUUUUAUGAAGCACUUCUUGUGUUUA